AUGAGAGCGCUUGUUUGUAUUCCACCUUUGGGAGAAAGCGCUCCUGACCCUGCAAGUGGAGUCGCGGCUCCUAAUGUUUUUGCAGCCGGUUCAGACCUAGACUGGGGCCUGCGAAUCGUCGCAGUCUACGACGAUCGACUUGUGCUCUAUUCUGUGCCUUUAGAUGCCUAUAACGUGAUUCGGGAAGAGCGAGAAGGCCAAGGUGACAGUGUCAUAGGCGAUAGCGACCUGGCAAGAGACUGGUUUGUCGAGAACCAAAUAUCGCCCAAGCGGGGUGAGAGUUUAGUCCAGACCCAGAACGGUGACUGGGACUUCCUCCUGAGCACAAGCUACCGUCCAACAACCAUGAUGUGGCCAUUCAAGAUCUACGGCAAGGAGAUCGGACGAAUGGACGACGUGGUUGAAUUGGCUCUGCAGACAUCGCACGGAGGCGCUCGGGUCUGGGCAUUCAGCGCGUCCGGCAAAGCAAACAUCAUUGACGUCGACAUAUUCACGUCGAGUGCCCGGCCAGCUGCAAGCAUCCCGUGCAAAUCACUAUCCAUCGGUCCCGAUGGCGAAGUCUCAUCGCCCGAACUAAUUGAUCGGCCUGACGUCGGAUCACGAUCCGCUCAGCCUCCACGAACGAGAGAACAGAGCGGAUUAGGUGCAAGAUUUCGUGGGAAACGCUUCGGUACUCAUCGAAUACAUCAAGAUUUACAUGGGAAACAAGACCCAGGGGUUUCUUCUCGCCCGUCCCAGGCCGCGAACAAGCGAACCUCCUUUUCAGCAUGUAUUGUGGAUUUCAACAUCCCGGAAUUGAACGCGCGGGAUGGACAUUGGGCUGGUCAUUAA